AUAACAUCCAGCCGUCACUGUGGUGUGUGCUGCCUGUGUGCAAGGGGGUCAGUCCAUUUAGCACAGCAACGGCAUUCACUGACUGGGAGAGAUUAAGGGACGCCCAGUACUCUCUGAAUUAAUGGAAUGGUGUUUGCUUAACAACUGCAGAGAUACACACUGAUCCGACCUACCAGAUUUCAACAGACCCUGCAGAAGCCAGGAACAUGGCACAGGUCCAGAAGAAGACGACCUCUGUGUCACUGACCAUCUCGUCCUGUAUGAGAGAGUCUUCCUCCUCCUUCUCCUCCUCCAGCUCUGUGCUCCAACAGAGACAGUCCAGCCUGGCCCAGCCGCUCUGCAUCAACCCCCAACGGACUCAGAGUCCCUCCUCCAGCCACAACUAUGCAGGGAAUGGAGGAGUGACCCCAACAUUUGUGAAGUGCCUCCACGACAUUAGUACUGUGAAUGGCCAGCUGGUGGUGCUGGAGUGCCGUAUCCGGGGGACCACCCCUCUCCAGGUGCUCUGGUUUCGAGAGGAGGAGCAGAUCCUGGACUCGGCUGACUUCCGCAUCCUCAGGAAGAAGGCCAGCUCUGUCUCAGUGCCUGAGGAGGUGUGCACCCUGGUGAUCACAGAGGCUUUCCCGGAGGACUCUGGCUUGUUCAAGUGUGUGGCGGGUAACCAGUACGGCACAGUGUCCUGCAGUGCUUUGCUCGAGGUAUGCCUCGGUGUGGACGAGGUCCUGGCCGAGGGUGAGCUCUCACAGGCAGAGGAGGACUUCUCUUCAUUCCUGUACGACCCCUCGGGGAUCCCCCCGCCCCCAGAGUGGCCUGACAGUCCAGAGGAGGAGAGCGACCCCCCACUCCCACCCCCACCCCAGAGCUCCACACAGGGCGAGUUCAGGGAUCUGCAGCAGUACGAGACCCUGUUGGCAGAGGAGCACAGAGCCUCCCUCUCCAAAGCAACCAGCUCCAGUGCACAGUCCCAGGUCUCAUCCAAAGCCUGCACGCUGCUGCCCCUGCCAGUUGAGGAGGAACCCCCACAGUGUCAAGCCAGCUGCAGCCAGCCAAGGAACCAAGGCCACGCCGGUGACAUGAGCACGGUCAACGUGCCUUCCUACUCUCCCACCAUCUACCCCCCCAGCAUGUUCAACUAUGAGCGACCCCGCCACUUCAUCCAGUCCCAGCCACUCUUCCAAGCACCCAGCUACGAGAGCCUGCAGGGGAAGCAAGGCCAACAGGGUCAGGCUCCCUUCCCGAACGGGCAUGAGCCUUCCCCUUCUUCCUCCACUCUCGGCUCCCCUGUGUCUACCCCUUCCUCUUUGAAAGAGCAGCCUGCCUCACACUCUACCAUGCGCUCCAGUGUCACCCUGAUGCCGAAAGUCUCCUCGAAUGCCAUCCCCCAGUCUCCUGCUGCCUUCCUCAGCUCCAUCCUGCCUUCACAGCCCGCCUCUUUCUCCCAGCCCAAGCCAGCUUCUCUCCCCCAGCCUCUCCUCGCCUCCAAGACACAGCCUCCUUCCCCCCUGUGUUCCCAACCCUCUCUGUCUCCCCCCAGCGUCUCCCCCUCUCUGCCCAAGUCCUCCCCCAUGCAGAUCCAGUCUCCCGCUGCCUUCCUCAGCUCUGUGCUGCCCAUCCAGACACCUGCAAAUCCCAGAGGAUCUCCAGCCUCAGACAGUCUCCCCAGGCCCCUCUUGAAGAAGACCCCCCGGCCCGCCCCCCGCUCCACAGAUGAGCAGAUCCAGGGAUCAAAGGAUGCGCUCAUCCAGGACCUGGAGAGAAAGCUGCGCUGCAAAGAGGCUCGCCGGCAGAAUGGGAGCCAGAAGUUGACCUACGAGGAGCAAAUGGCUCGCAGAUUGCUGGGUCCUCAAAACGCAGCCUCUGUGUUCGAUCUGGACAAUUCUGAGGACUCCCACCUGGAACAGCAAGACUCGCCAGAUGGAAGGCAGACUGGCACAGGAAAGCUCUGGAGCAGGCCUGGCUCUCGAUCGGAGGAGAGCGAGACCGCCUCUAUCCAAGAGAAGUGCUACGCCCCCAGAUUCCUCCAGAUGCCCCAGGACCUCACCGUGGAGGAGGGCCGCUUCUGCAGGAUCGACUUCAAGGUGGGAGGCUUGCCCACUCCAGAUGUGGCCUGGUACUUGAAUGGGAAGCCCAUUCGCCCCGAUGACUUCCACAAGAUGCUGGUGUGUGAGAAGGGAGUGCACUCCUUCAUCAUCGAGAUUGUCACUGUGGACCACGCCGGCGUGUACGAGUGUGUGGCCAGGAACCGAGCCGGAGAGAACCGGUUCACUCUGCAGCUGGAUGUCAUUGCUCAGGAGAUGAGGCAGCCCCCUGUGUUCAUUCACAAGAUGCAGAACUGCCAGGCAGUGGAGGGCGACACCGUGCGACUGGAGUGCCAGGUCUCUGCCGCUCCACCCCCGCAGCUCUACUGGAAGAAGGACAAUGAGAUGCUACAUGUGGACCCCCAGCGAAUUAGCGUGUACCAGGAUGACACGGGUCGCCUCUGUCUGCUGAUCGAACGCGUGGAGAAGGCCGAUGCUGGCUGGUACACUUUGUCUGCCAUAAACGACGCAGGGAUGUCCACCUGCAAUGCCAGAGUGGACAUAGGAACUCGUAUGAACAAGUCCACCCCCAGCAGCAGACAUUUAAAAGUGCGACCCACAUUCAGCCAGUACUCUGUAUUGAACGGGCAGAGAGCAGACAACAGGCGGUCUCCAAGCCCAGCAAGCCCAGCCCAGACCGCUCCACUGUAUGAGAGCGACGAGCUAUAGACUGCACAAAAACACAACAGCACAAAGAGACUGGUU